UGUCGAUAUCGAAUCGUAUAAUUUCUUUUUUGCAGAUGAGAUUUGAGAAUUGUAUCACCUUCCUCAUUAUAGUCACAGUUUCAGUUCGAUAGGUUAAAAACAUGGCAAAAAAGUUACCGAUCCUGUUAGGCAUAGUUGUGAUAUUUUUGGGAUACAAAAUUAAAUCAUUCUUGGAUCCUCCUCCAUUGCCACCAUCAUUGGAAGAAAUAUGGUGGGGACCCGGUAAUAUAGGAUCGGUUAAGCCAACCAUUCAACCUUUUACUAUCAAUGUUUCGGAUAAGGUUCUGAAAGAUCUACAAUGGCGACUGGAAAACCACAGAUCACUAACACCACCUCUUGAGGGAAUUCAACAGCAAUAUGGAAUGAAUACAAAACUUCUGAAGAAUGUUGUAGAUUUCUGGAAAUCAAAGUACAACUGGAGAGAACGCGAGAAGUAUCUGAACAAAUUUCCUCAGUUCCUAAUAAAUAUCCAAGGCUUAGAUUUGCAUUAUAUUCAUGUUAAACCCAAGUUGCAAGAUGGAGUUAAAAUCAUCCCACUUCUCCUGCUACAUGGAUGGCCAGGGUCGCUGAGGGAAUUUUACGACAUUCUGCCGAUCCUAACAAGGCCCCAGAAUGAUAAAAAAAUUGCCUUCGAAGUAAUUGCACCUCACAUUCCAGGAUAUGGAUUUUCCAAGGGAGCUGUGAAACCCGGACUUGGAGCAGCCCAAAUAGCGUUGGUAUUCAAAAACAUGAUGAAAGAACUGGGUUUCAAAAAGUUCUAUGUUCAGGGAGGAGAUUUCGGGUCUAUAAUACUGCAACACAUGUCUGUAUUAUAUCCAGAUUCGGUGAUGGGUUUUCAUUCAAACAUGUGCCACGUCUUCACACCUCUGUCUACUUUGAAGAACUUCUUCAGUCAAUAUUACCCAUCAUUCUCUUGGUGGUACAUUAGACCUGAACACUAUGAAAGAGUUCAUCCAACAAUGGAAUACUUCUUCAAGAGAUUACGAGAAACUGGAUAUCUGCACUUGCAAGCUACGAAACCUGACACUUUAGGAGUUGCAAUCAACGAGUCUCCUUUGGGAUUGGCAGCAUACAUUCUUGAGAAAUUUACAUCUGGCACCAAUCCAAACUGGCAGCUACGUGAAGACGGUGGACUGACGGAAUUUUUCACUUACACCGAUUUACUUGAUAACAUAAUGAUAUACUGGAUUACAGAAUCAGCUACAACAUCAUUCAGGUUAUACUCAGAGACUUUCAAUAGAGCUCAUAUGGGAUUAGGAAUCACAAGACAACCCGUUCCAGUGCCAACGGCAUGUGCCAGAUUUAAAUAUGAUUUCUUCACUGCUGAUGGUAUGCUAACUGAAACAUAUCCCAAUAUCGUGCAGCUUUCUGACUAUGAUGGUGGUCACUUUGCAGCUUGGCAGUUGCCUCAAGUUCUUGCUAAAGAUAUUUUUGAUGCUGUGGAAAUUAUGGAAUCAAAUUACAAGAAUGCUCGAUAACUAAUAAUUAAUUGAUAAUCAAUAAAAAACUAAUUAACUAAUGAAUUCACACAAAUAUAUCUGUACAGUUUUUG